UUCCACGCUUUGUACGUUUGAAAACUCUGUAUAAAGAAGAUACCGAUGGCCAAGAAAUGAAACAUUCACAGAUAAGGAAAAAGAAACUUAAAGUUUUAUAUAUAUAUAAUGAUGAGUACAACUGCUGAGUCUGUGGUGGAUAAGAGGUUAGAAGAGAAGGUAGCAUUGAUAACUGGUGGUGCAAGUGGCAUAGGAGAGAGCACAGCUAGGCUGUUUCUCAAGCAUGGAGCCAAGGUUCUUAUUGUUGAUGUCCAAGAUGAAUUAGGCCAAUCUCUCUGCAAAGAGCUCGGAACCCCGGAUAUCGUCACCUAUAUCCAUUGUGAUGUGACAUGCGAAACCGAUGUCCAAAACGCUGUGGACUUAGCAGUCUCUAGGUAUGGAAAGCUUGAUAUCAUGUUCAAUAAUGCUGGUAUUGUAGGGGGGGAUGAGUUGAGAGCCAUUGCUUCAGAUGCUGAUAGCUUUAAGAAGGUCCUUGAUGUCAAUGUGGUUGGUGGUUUCUUGGGUGCCAAGCAUGCUGCUCGAGUGAUGGUUCCAGCCCAAAAAGGGUGUAUUCUCUUCACCGCUAGCGUCGCUUCAUUGCUUUGCAUCGGUGUUCCUCAUGCCUACACCACAUCAAAGCACGCUAUUGUGGGAUUGGCUAAGAGCUUGAGCGUGGAGUUAGGAGGGUAUGGUAUACGAGUCAAUUGCAUUUCACCUCAUGCGGUUGCGACUCCUCUGCUACUAAACUGGUUUGUGACUUCGGAUAAGAGAAAGGUCGAGGAGAUCAUCUUGAGAAAUGGAGUGUUGAAAGGGACCAUACUCGAAGCAGAAGAUAUUGCGCAGGCUGCCCUGUUUCUAGCUAGCGAUGAGGCCAAAUAUGUGAGUGGUAUCAACCUGCCGGUUGAUGGAGCCUAUACUGUCAACAAUCAAACAUGGAAAACAGGACUGAUGGAAGCCUUUAUUGCUGAAUAGAUGCUGCCUUUUGCAAUGGGGUUUUAGGGGUUAAUGCUUCAUUCAUAAAUUUGACAACUCCAAAAAAAUAACCUUGCUUUAGCCCAAUGUAUAAUAACGCAUAUGCAUCAUAACAAUUGAUACUAUCGCAUUUCAUAACAGUUGAAAUUGGUACAAGAUCAUUCCAAACUCUUUUUGUGGGACAUAUUCCACAUAGCAUCAUGAAAUAAAAUCAAAGAAAGAUUACUUGAAGGAA